CGCCCUCCCCCUCUCGCGCGCAUGCGCAUAGGACGCGCGGCGGCCCGCAGCGCACGUGGGGAAUGGAGGUGACGGGACACCUGCCCGGGGGGGCAGCCAACAUGGAGACGCAGAGCGCCGUGGAGGUCGACGGCGGCUUCACCGGCGUGGUGGCAAGAGGCAAGCGGAAGCGGCGAGCGGCUGGCGCGAGCCGCAUGGACACGGCGGAGCCGCGGCCCAGCAAGAGGCCCAGCUUCCCUCCCGCCGCCGCCCCCACCGCCGCACUUGGGGGUGAAAAAGUUGAAAUGAGGAAAAUCCCUGUACCAGCAAACCGAUAUACCCCUUUGAAAGAGAAUUGGAUGAAAAUAUUCACACCUGUUGUGGAACAUUUGCAACUUCAAAUCCGAUUUAAUUUAAAAACAAGAAAUGUGGAAAUCAAGACUUGUAAAGAGACAAAGGAUCUGAGCGCUUUGACAAAAGCAGCUGACUUUGUGAAAGCAUUUAUUCUUGGAUUUCAAGUUGAGGAUGCACUUGCUCUAAUCAGAUUAGAUGACCUUUUCCUAGAAUCCUUUGAAGUUACGGAUGUCAAGCCUUUGAAAGGAGACCACCUUUCAAGAGCAAUAGGAAGAAUAGCAGGGAAAGGAGGAAAAACAAAAUUCACAAUAGAAAAUGUAACCAGGACACGAAUAGUUCUUGCUGACUCGAAAGUUCACAUUUUAGGAUCUUUUCAGAAUAUUAAGAUGGCACGAACAGCAAUUUGCAAUCUCAUUUUAGGAAGCCCUCCAUCAAAAGUUUAUGGCAAUAUCAGGGCUGUGGCUAGCAGAGCAGCUGAAAGAUUCUGAGAUCUUGGGACUCAAACUUGGGACUCUAAUUUGGGACUGUGUACCAAUGUAAAGAAGCUGAAGAUGUUAAUACACAACUGAUGUGUAUGAAAUUAACAGGAACAGUGCCUAACCUCCUUCAAUUUGAUUUGGAAGAUUAGAAGAAAACAGGACUCCUUUUGCAGUCUGUUCUUUCAGGCAUAAUGUCUGACCUUUUGAUGCAAUAUUUAAGUAACUUAACAAAACCCUGUAUGUGAUCAUUACAGAUUAUACUCCUUAUAAUUUAUAAAUAUGACUGAACUUUUCACUGAAAUAAGAAUACUUAGGAGCUGGAAAUGUCUUUGGUUUCUGAAGGAAACGAUGAAGUGCUGGAAACUCAGGGUUCUUCAGAGUUCUUCAGUUGAUUGAACAGAUGCAUGCUUGAGUCUUCCAAUAAAGUCAGUGUUGAUAUGUAAAAUGAAA